CCACAUGAAGCCCACAUGAAGAAAUCACGAAGCCUCCACAUCAUGUGUCACAUCCCAGUCUUCUGUUGGAUUACGGCUACAGUUCUGGAGGAUGUGUUGGACACCAGAGACAACCCAGAGCUGCCAGAAGCCCUGACUGAGAUGUACUUCCUACCUUCCGAUCUAUACUUCCUGGUGGUUCAGUGCAAAGUGAAGCAGGUCAAGUAUGAUGGAGGAGCUGAGACAGAUCCACUGUGGAAUCCAGAGGACAGGAAGAUGAUUGUGUCUCUGGGGAAACUGGCUUUUGAGCAGCUGCAGAAAGGGAAGCUGAUCUUCUAUGAAGAGGAUCUGACAGAGUGUGGCAUCAAUAGCAGAGCAGCCACAGUGUACUCAGGAGUCUUCACACAGAUCUUUAAAGAGGAGAGAGGACUCUACCAGGACAAGGUCUUCUGCUUCAUUCAUCUGAGUGUUCAGGAGUUUUUGGCUGGUCUUUAUGUCCAUCUGAACUUCAUCCAGUCUGGAGGCAAUCUGCUGUCCAAAAAACAAACCACAUCCAGAAUGUCGGAGACAUCUGAAGAUAAACCUAAACUAAUGCAUCUCCAUCAGACUGCUGUGGAUGAGGCCUUACAGAGUCCAAAUGGACACCUGGACUUGUUCCUGCGCUUCCGUCUGGGUCUUUCCCUGCAGACCAAUCAGACUCUCCUACGAGGCCUGAUGACACAGAUGGACAGAAUCUCAAAGACUAAUCAGGAAACAGUCAAGUACAUUAAGAAGAAGCUCAAUAAGAAUCUGUCUGCAGAGAGAAACAUUAAUCUGAUCCACUGUCUGAAUGAACUGAAGGAUCGUUCUCUACUGGAUCAGAUCCAGCACCUCCUGAACUCUGGAAGUCUCUCUGAACGUGGUCUGUCUGGUUCUGACUUAUCAGCUUUGGCCUUCAUCUUACUGUCCUCAGAUCAACAUCUGGAUGUGUAUGACCUGAAGAAAUAUAAACCUUCACACAAGGCUCUUCUGCUGCUGCUGCCACUGCUGUCUGCUGGACUGGAGAGUCCACUCUGUAACCUGCAGACUUUCAGGUUAUCUGGCUGUAAUAUGUCAGAGAGAAGCUGUGAAGUUCUGUCUUCAGUUCUCAGCUCUCAGUUCUCCAGUCUGAGAGAACUGGACCUGAGUCACAACCAGCUACAGGAUUCAGGAGUGAAGCUGUUGUCUGCUGGACUGGAGAGUCCACAAUGUCACCUGGAGACUCUCAGGCUGAGUUUGUGUGAUCUGUCAGAGAGAAGCUGUGAAGUUCUCAGCUCAGUUCUCGGCUCUCAGUCCUCCAGUCUGAGAGAACUGGACCUGAGUGACAACGAUCUACAGGAUUCAGGAGUGAAGCUGCUGUCUGCUGGACUGGAGAGUCCACACUGUCACCUGGAGACUCUCAGGUCAGCACUCAUCCAUGUUGUGUAGCAGCUCCAUAAAUCA